GAUUAUUACAAUCAAACAACAAAAUAUAAUGGCCAAAGUUCAUCCUCAAAAACAAGAACCUACAACAUCACCUCAGGCUCAUGAUGAUAAGUGUCUUAAUAAAAGAGAGAGAUAUACUUUAUGGAUGAAAUCACUCGUUCUUCACUCUAAUGGUUGCACUGUCUAUGAUUCAAAUGGUAGCAUAGUUUAUAGAGUUGAUAACUAUGAUACAAAGGGUGGAAGAGAAGUUAAUCUCAUGAAUCUAAAAGGAAAUGUUGUCUGCAGUAUCAAAAAGAGAUUACUAGCUUUUGGAUGUUGGGAAGGUCACAAAUACUGCAACAAUUCUGAUUCUAGAAGUCAUGAGGGGCAACCAUGGUUUCAAGUUAAAAGAUGUCUCACAGGUAAAAUAGCAUGCGAGAUUAAAGUUGGGUCCCAAAAUUUGUGGAUAGAAAGAAUGAGUAUUGGAAAAUCAUUUGGUUUUAGGAUAAUAAACAAAAAUGGAGAAAUGAUAGCAGAGGCAAAGCAAAAAGAGUCUUGUUCAGGGAUUGUUUUGAGUAAUGAUGUUCUAACUUUGGAUUUGGCAGCUGGAACGGAUCAUUCCCUUGUAAUGUCUUUGAUUACAGUCUACGGAUUGAUGUGCGGCUUUAUGUAAAUAUUUCAUUUUGUAAUUUGUGUUCGGUUGAGUUUGUAUAAAAAGAGCAUGAACAAAAUCAGGAUCUUUUCUU